AUGUUCAAGUGUUUUCCAUUACCGUUUUGUAAUCGAAAUUUGGAGCAAAUUGAUAAACGUCAUUGUAACCUAACAGCAGUGCCAGAUGACGUACUUCGUUACACACGUACAUUAGAAGAGUUAUUACUUGAUGCUAACCAGCUUCAAGAUUUGCCUAAGGGCGUUUAUCGGUUAACACAAUUACGUCGUUUAACAUUCAGUGACAAUGAAAUUCAACGUAUCCUACCUGAUAUUGGACAACUGGUCAAUCUUGAAGAACUUGAUUGUUCAAGAAACGACAUAGCCGAAAUUCCGGAUAACAUUCGCCAUUGUCGAUCAUUACAAAAGCUCGAUUUCAGUGGAAAUCCAUUAGCCAAUAACCUUCCAUCUGGUAUAAUUCAUCUGCGUCAAUUACGUCAGUUGAUAUUAAACGAUGUUUCGUUGACGGAGUUACCCAGAGAAAUUGGCAGUCUGUCGAAUUUGUGUGUUUUGGAAAUUCGAGAAAAUUUGCUCAAAAUUCUCCCUGACUCACUUGUACAAUUAACGAGACUUGAAUCAUUAGAUUUAGGUUCGAAUGUUCUCGAACAACUUCCAAAUCAUAUUGGUCAUCUCCACUCAUUGAAAGAAUUCUGGUUGGAUUCCAAUGAAUUAACCGAAUUACCACGUGACAUCGGUCAAUUGAAACAUCUACAAUGUUUAGAUGUUUCAGAGAAUAAAUUAACUUAUUUACCAGAUGAAAUCGGACAGUUGGAAUCGUUAACGAAUUUGGAGUUGUCAGCGAAUCAUGUCGAAGAAUUGCCGAAAACAAUCGGACGAUUGAAAGAACGUUUGUUAAUCAUGAAAAUCAAUUCGAACAGUUUGACUAAAUUAUGCGAAGAAAUCGGUCAAUGUUCAGCACUAACGGAGUUGAUCCUAACAGAGAACGCUCUUACUGAACUUCCAAAAACGAUUGGAAACCUAAAGAAUCUGACAAACUUAAACAUUGAUCGCAAUCAAUUAACAUAUCUCCCUGUCGAAAUCGCCGGAUGCGAAUCAUUAGGCAUGUUGAGUUUACGUGAUAAUCGUUUAACACAUAUUCCAUCAGAAUUAUCUCAACUAAGACAUUUACACGUGUUGGAUUUAUCGGGAAAUCGUUUAUUAAACUUACCUUGUACAUUACUCGAUUGUGAUUUGAAAGCGAUCUGGUUAGCUGAGAAUCAGGCUCAGCCGAUGUUGAAAUUCGCGACGGAUGUCGAUUUGGAAACCGGUCAGAAAGUUUUAACUUGUUAUUUACUCCCUCAGCAACAAUAUACGACAUCGUCAACUGAAAAUCUUCUCAAUACAUCGAGAUGUCAAAAUAUUAGCACGGAAACGCCCGUUCCGCGACAAACCUACUUUCAACAGGAUGAAUCGAUCAAUGAUGAACGACACGAACGUACGGGUUCGGUUAAAUUUGCAGAUCAAGCCGAAGAGAACAAAGAGAGUUCAUUACAACGACACAAUACUCCUCAUCCAAAAGAUUUACGAUCAUGGAGAAAUAAAAUGGUAAAAAAACUUCAAAGUGAUGCUAAUUCACCUCAACACGACCAUCCAAAUCCAUCCCAUUCAAAAAAUCAUAUACAUACAGAUUCAUCUCAUCCGUCCAUCUCGUCGGGAACAUCAAGUACUCAACAUAAUCGUUUCACCACGAAUAAGAACUCAAUCAUAGCAGCACAUGAUUCGAUUGAUUACAUUCCACCCGAAAUCUCCUACGAUACUCAUGAUAGUUCCGAUAAUGAUCAUGAUGAAAAUCCCGGUGAACAUCUAGCAUACGUUGAAAAGCAUGUGGAAUUUACCGAUGACGCUCACAACGACGAUGAAGAUGAAAAUACGAAACAAAUUCAUACUCAACAAAAACUUCAUCGACGUGAUACUCCACAUCAUUUGAAGAACAAACGUAUUCUCAAUCAAGAACACAAUCCCGUUACACUAGAUCAUGUUAUAUUGCAUAGUCCAACGAAAUCUUCAAUAGCGAGCGGAAGAAAGGACUCGACAUCAUCAACGACACAAAGCAAUACUCGACCAAUGACGAUUCAACAUGAACAGAUCACUGUUACUGUUCAUCGACCGAACAACACCGGACUUGGCAUCAGCAUUGCUGGUGGAAUUGGUUCGUCGGCCUACAAGGAUAAUGAUUACGGGAUAUUUUUAACAAAGGUAACGGAAGAAGGUCCGGCUGGUCAAGCUGGUUUACUCGCCGGUGAUAAACUUCUCUCAGUCAACGGAGUCUCGUUGACCAAUUGCGAACAUACCACAGCUGUCUCCACGUUAAAAAAAUCUGGUGAUGAGUUCGACGUAGUCGUUUUACGCGAAGUUCUUCGAUCGUCGGAUGAUAAUCUUUCCAAAGAUGAAACAAGUUUUUCGAAAGAAGGUGAAAAAUACUCCACCGUUCUUCAUCGAGAUACCAAACAAAAUGGUCAAUUUGGAUUCUCAGUUGCGGGCGGAGUCAGUUCGGGCAAUCGUACUGAGAACUUGUACGUAUCAAAAACAAAUAAUCAAAAUUCCUUAGCGACUGGUGAUCGAGUUUUGUCGAUCAAUGGGUGCGAUACAUCAAAUUUAACUCACGAUCAAGCGAUUGAUUUGAUUAACAAUGGCGGAAGUGAUUUACAAUUAACAUGUUACCGAGAAAGAACAGCGAAUGGAACUUCGAACUCGUUAUCGAAAGUUAUCGAUAAUACCAUUGAAGAAGCACAUGUGGUGAAAGGAAACGGUCCGAUGGGUUUAAGUAUUGUCGGUGGGAGUGAUCAAGCAUGUCCACCAUUCGGAAUGGACCAACGUGGUGUAUUUGUUUCAAAAAUUCUUCCUGAUGGAUCGGCUUCACGGACGAAUCUUCGCGUCGGCGAUCGAAUAUUGAAAGUUAACAACCAAGAUAUUACUCAAGCAACACACUUAGAAGCUGUUCAAGCGCUUUUACAACCAACAAAUGAAGUCGUUCUACUUGUUCGUCAUGAACCACAACCACUUGGAUUAAAAGAAGUUGUUCUGACAAGGCAAUCAAACGAGGCACUUGGUAUUCGUAUCAAUGGUGGUGUAGAUGGCAAACAUAUGAAUCCCGAUAAUCCAGAAGAUGACGGAAUAUUUGUUACUGAAGUCAAAGAGAAUAGUCCAGCAUCUGGAUUAUUAACAGUUGGUACUCGAAUAUUGGAGGCGGUGAAUUGUUCGUGUCCGCAACGAUGGUUUUGUUUAUCACAUAAAUCUUCUUCAAUUACUAGUACAUCCUCAUCCAUAGUAUCAACACCAUCGUCGAUCGACAAUGGAACAAUACGAGAUUAUUGUGAAACAAGUUUAGACGAUAUCGUUCAUUUAAGAGGCCUGUUAACGCUAGAAAAGCUAUCAUCAUUUCAUGUUAAACGUACACGAUCGAGUGGAUACAUCAUGAAAAAGAAACGACGAACGACACGUCAACAUAGGAAAGCUCGUUCAUGUUGUCUAUCCGCUUUGUUUCAUUCGACCGAGAAAACUUUCACUAAGAAGAAAAAAGAUAUGACAUUUACAGAACAAAUCCUUGCGCCAAUCGUCACAUUAAAAGAUUUGAUAUCUAGUUCAUUCUCUCUCUCGUCUUUAUCGUCAUCAUCGGCAAGUGAUCAGAAAUCAAUCGCACCGUUACCGGUCAUCAAACACGAAACUCCGCAGUUUUCAUGUAAAUCUCUUUCAUUCGAUCCGUCAUUACCGCUCUCGUCGACACCGAAAACAUUCCUUGUACACUCUUAUACCUCUCUAUCGAAUUAUCGAAUCAAACAACAAUACUCUCUCGAUGAACAGACUCAUACGGAGGAAUGUCUUUACUGUUCGAAUGAAAAUGCUCUACCACAGAAAUUAGACUCAAAUAAUAAUCAAUUCGAUCAGAUCUCUCUUCAAUCGAUGAAUCUCUUUCAUGCCGUUGAAAUGUACCUUUCGUCGAGCAAUUCGUCGCAUGAUGUAUUUGAUUUAUCUUCGAUCGCCUCCGAACAACAUUUAAGUUUUCAGGAAACAAAACAACUAAACCUUUGCGAAAUCAAUGAAAUUAUCUAUGCGAUUCAUACUGAUAUUGAUAACGAUCAAGAACGAAAUGAAAUACUUGAUUCGCUGGCCGCAUCCUUACGGCAAGUUGCUGAAGAGACACCUGUUGUCCUUCCGGACGAUCAAGUUCAACCGACGGUUGAUCCGCAACCGGAACCAGCGCCUGUGCCACCUCCGGGACUUGGUCAGAUCUUAGCUCGAGCCGUGAAUAAUCAAAGUCUAUUUGGUGCUCGAUUGGACGAUGCUCAGAAAUGGUUGAGCGUACAAGAUCAGAAUAUUCACUUGAUCGUCUGCCAUGGUUAUACACCAAAAGAAGCGAUCAAUUCAAAUAGUCCAAAUUUUAGUUUGAACAAAAAACCGAAACAAAAUGAUGAUGUUCCCGUGUCAACACAAAAAUCGCCUUCACCAAUAGUUUCAACGAGAUCGAAUGGUACUUUAAAUUCGAAAGUUACCAGUCCGAUUUCGUCGCCACCACCGCCGGUUGCUGCCAAACCGAAAUUUCGUCCAUUAAAUACUCAAACAAACCCAACAAAUGGAGCUAAUCAAAAGUAUCCAUCCUCUGCGCGAAUUCAACCACAAAACGGUUUUGAAAUCGAUGAAUCUGAUAUGUCGAUCUCCGAAUCGGAAAGAUCGUUCAAUGAUAAGAAGAAAUUUUUCGAAAGUGCCGUGAAAGACUCAGUCCCAACACCAAAACCUCGACAAUUCAAGUACAUCAACGACCACGAAUUAAUCCAAAUGAAACACGAAGAAGACCAAAAAGUCAAAUCAAUGAGUCCAAAUGAACUUCUUCAUUCGCGAACAAUGCUUGUCAACGAUCACAAGGAGUCCGAAUUGAUACAAACCACCUUAUCUCAAUAUCAAACGCCAACCUAUCUUGCUAAGCAACCGUCAUCAUGGGGAAAACGCGUGCGAACUAUUUCGCUCGCUAAAUUUUCCCAUUAUUUACCCGAAGAAGAUGAUGAUGACCUUAUUCCACAACGACAAUCUCGGAAUAUUCCUUCAAAUGCAAGAGUAACCUUGCUCGAACGUGAUACCGCUUCUAAUCAUACUAUGCUUUCGAAAUUCGCUAUUGAAUCCGGUAUGACAUGA